UUUGCAGGCGUUUCUCUAAAUGAUAUGAUUUAUCAAGGACUCGACACAACUACUGAGUUAGUGUAUAUAUUUUUGCGUUUUCGCAAAGAAUCAGUCGCAAUCACUGCGGAUGUUGAAGAAAUGUUCAUGCAAGUGAAAGUCCCUGAGUCUGAUCGAGGAACUUUAGGAUUUCUGUGGUGGCAGGAGGGAGACUUGUCGAGGGAACCACCCGAGUUUCAAACGACAUCUCAUCCAUUUGGUGCCACAUCGUCGCCGUUUUGCGCGAACUUUGUCUUGAAUAAGACGGCCCAAAUAUUCUCUGACGGUUAUGAUGGUUAUGUCGUAGAUGCUGUCAAAAAUAAUUUCUAUCUUGAUGAUUGCUUGAUAUCCAUUCCCACUUGUGAUCAAGCAAAGAGUUUCGUUAAGCAGAUAAGUGAAUUAUUAUGUAGAGGAGGUAUACAAAAAAUGACUGAUCUUGAAUCUUGGUUCAAAUGUCCUACUUUAUUGCAUGGCGAAUUUUAUAUAACAAUCACUGAACGUCCGGAACCUACUCCUGACGAUAUUGGGUUUAGAAAAACCGCUGUGGUUAACUUGAGUAGUAUAAAGUACAACAUGUUACCUAUUCUCUCUUAUUAUUCCGAGUGGUUGAAAUUAGUCAGAGCUGUAACGUGGUUUAGAAGGUUCAUCGAAUUCCUGAUGUUACUUCGUUUACCGAUUUGUGAAGCAUCCGUUCAUCUAGGAUGUUUAAAGGUCAAAGAGUUUGACAUCACUAAGCGUAAGAUUUUAUUGAUGGUUCAGAGAGAAGUGUAUGGAGAAUUACUUAGUGAAUUUGAAAACAGCAGUAAAGUAGUAGGUCAUGAUGAUCUGAAAGGUUUAUCACCGAUAAUGCUUGAUGGGUUACUAUGUGUUACAGGUCGGCUAAGCUACUCGGACUUCUCAGAUGCUUUUAAACAUCCAGUAAUUUAACCCAGUCGACACUUAGUGACGGAAAUGAUAAUAAGACAUUGUCACAAAGAACAAGGACACAUAGGAAGGUCAUUGGAAAAAGGAUAUGGAUAUGUGUUUACUUUUUUGCAAACAUGGGCAGUACAUACUGAACUGAUGUGUAGUUUGAUUACUGAAUCAUUUAUUAUGGCCUUAUUACGUUUUAUUAGAAGAAAGAAACCUCCAGAGAUUUAAAAUGAUAGUGCGUCAAGCUUCAUGGGAGCAGUUUCUGAGUUAAGGAGUUUUGUGCAACAAUAGAGACAGCAAAAGAUAAAUAUUGAAUUGUCAGCGAGUCCUUCAUCCAACAGCAUGGGUGGAGUUUGGGGAAGAGUGAUUAGGUCUAUACCACGACUGUUAUUGUUGAUCACCAGAGAACAUGCAAAGCAGGUCUCCUUGAGGCUUCGGGUUAGUCUUUCUUGUUAAUUAUGUAGUCAGGUCGAGUAGGCGAACUGCUGUAAGUCCUACUCGUUCCUAUGGUGUGAUAUGUUAUAUAAUGAACCAUGACCGUAGGCAUCAAGGUAGCUUGUGUGGUAUGGAGGGAUUUUCGGGGUCGGUGUAAGAUCCAUUUUGAAUGUUUUGUGUGUUUGUGAAAAUCCCUCUAUGUAUAUACUUGCCCUUUGUUCCUAUUGAUCCCCUUAGUUGUACAUUGUUGCCUUUUGAUUACACUUGAAUUGUUAAUAUUUGUAUUUUAAUACAGUUUUAUUCUUAUUACGCCUUCACUAAGUUUUUGUGUUUCUUCCCGAACUGCAUCUGUGUUGUUUCACUUGACACUUGUUCUUGAUGGUAGCCGUAUUGACUUGCUCCUCCUUUUGUGUGUUCUAUCCGGUCAGGAUAGAAUAACGUCCAUUUGUUGUGACUGGUAAUUUUCCCUCAUCUUUCAUCAACUACCUUAUUUAUUGUAAUUUAGAUUUAAUUGAUUGAACAAUUAUUGGUUGAAUAGCCGGGUGGUAAUAUUUGUUUAGGUAACGAUUUACAUUAAAUUUAUGAUGAAUUGUAGAACCGCUA